UCCCGGGGCGGGGCGGGGUCUGGGAAGCCCGGGGAGCCGACCCGCCAGAAGUGGCGCUGCCCGUCACUCACUCUUGUAAGUGCUACAACUGCUGGGGGAAAUAUAAGAUUUCCUAUUAAAGGUGAAUUUCAAAUGAACAACAACUAACUUUUUAGUGAGAGUAACCCAUAUACUUAUUGUUAUCUGAGAGAUCCACAUUUACCUGUGUAGCCUGUGCUUUUAUUCGCUAAAUUAAGCUGUCUUAAUCAGGAGCCUUUUACACUCUUAGAAUUUUUUUUUUUUUUUUUUUUUUUUUUUUUUUUACUUUGGAGGCUAGGGAAGUGCCUAGAUAGGCAGAGUUCUUCUGGAGCAAGCUUGUGGGCCUGAGUUUGAUCCCCAGUACCCACGGAAAAAAGCUAGGUGUGUUAGGGCUGGAGAAAUGGCUAAGACUAGAGCCAGUCAGUAUUAGCACCUACUCGAUCUGUGAAACUUAACAUGAUCACUUCACGUACUUAACUUUCGAAUACAGUGCUCUCAAACCCCCAAAAGAAUUGAGGGUCUAAGAAAUUCCCGUAUUAAGAACAUUCAAACAGGAAGGGGCGGGCGGAAAUACCGACUUGGAUUCGUGAGAUUAACUUGUGAGUGACUUAUUUUACUUGGGCCAAUGUAGUACUGCUGUUCACUGAAUAUUGUAUGUGAGGGGUCUAUGAGUUAGUAGGUCAGUUGGAUUAGAAAUUAGCAAUGUACAGAAGUACUAUCAAUUUUUCUCAUAAGUUACAAUACUAUAAUUAAAAAUUAUUACAGUUUUGUAUGACACAGUCAGGUCCAGAGCUGGGACGUUUGUAUCUUCUAUGGCUUAGCAUAGGCUUUACUUACUUAUUUGCAUAAUGAACAAGCAACAUAUCAUACCUUCCUAACAUUUAAAAUAAUGUACACUAGCAUAAAUGUUUCCAAGGCCAUUACUGGAGAUAGCAUUGAAUACGGCUUUAAUUAGGAGUAAUUGCUGUAAUAAUUUAUAUUAUAUCUUUUUUUUUUCUGUGAGCUUUGGUUUGAGGAACUGGACACAUAAAUCUGGAUUUGAAUCAUUGCAAAACUUAGCAAUUCCCUGGGAGAGUCGUUAGCAAAACCAGAUAUAAUAUGCCCUUCAGCUGGAAAAGAGACUUUGAGAGAAUAAGCCUGAACAUUGGCUAUGAUUGUGGAAGUCUAAAGUUCCCUGGGAAAUGAGCCCAAAGAAUGAGGGAAGUCAUCGGUACUGGUUUCAGGACACUAUAGACACCAACUUGGUUAUUUGAGCAUCUUCCAAUGACCUUCAGCUUUACAUGAAGAUUGCUUUCUCAGAGGAGCUCCAGACUAUCAUAGAGGGAAAUAUUUCUUUUUGUCUUCAAAAUGAAAAUAGACUUGGAAGUCAGUGAGCCAAUCAACUUUAGUUCUGGAGAUCAUCAACACCUGGUUCAGAAAGCAGCAAUUAAAAGUGGCCACUCUAAGAUUGAUCAGCCCUUCACAUAUUCAUCCAGAAACACACCACAAGAAGCCAUAAAGUACCCACGUUCCAAGCAAAGAGAUACGGCAAAUACCUAUGCAGUACAAAUUUCAGACGAUGUUAUCUCAGAGGAGACCAUCACAAGUCCGCCCGGUCCCUUCGAAAGCAUGUCUAUCCGUAAAGGGUUCAUCCUGAAGGUGUUCGUUGUCUUAUCAGUCCAGCUGCUGGUCACUGCGACAAUCAUCGGCGUGUUUGUGUUCAGCAAACCUCUAAGACAGUGGGUCAUCAGCGUGCCUUGGUUCAUCUAUGCACUCCUCCCAGCGUGCUUUAUUGUGAUCAUCGUGCUCGCUUGCUGUAGGGAUGUCCGGCGUCAGGUGCCCAUGAACUACAUUCUCCUGGCAUUAUUUACACUCCUGGAAGGUCUGCUGCUAGGAAGUAUGUCCGUCUUCUAUAAAGCAGAAGAGAUUCUGUGGGCAGCGGGAGCAACCACUGUGGUGACGUUAGCGCUUACUUUAUUUGCUCUCCAAACAAAAUGGGACUUCACCUUGCUGAAUGGAGUGUUGUUUGUUUGCCUCUGUGUCCUCUUCGUCUACGGGAUUAUCGCACUCGUCAUACGAUCCUAUUGGCUACAUCUGGUGUAUGCAGCGCUCGGAACACUACUCUUCUCCAUGUACCUGGUUAUGGACGUGCAGAUGAUGGUUGGGGGGCGCUACCAUUAUGAGGUAGACCCUGAAGAGUACAUUUUUGCUGCUCUGAACAUCUAUGUGGAUAUCAUCAGCCUUUUCAUUUUCAUUUUGGACCUGAUUGCCCGAUAGCCGAUGGCCAAGGCUGGCUGAAGCUGAGAAGAGGGAAGGCAGGAUGCCUGUGGAGUGCUGCCAGGCCCAGGCACACAGCAGUGACCACUCAUAGGUCCUUUCAGUAGUUAUUUAUUUAUCUAUUUACUUAUUAUUAAUUUAUGUCAAAAGAAGAAUUCAGUAGAUGGUAGCUGUUGCUGUUAUACUUUUUAUUUCCCUUGUCAUAUGGCAAAACUUUGUUAUUCAUAUGGAAACAUUUCAGAUUCCUACAAAUUCAGAAAAUGAGUAUCCUAAUCACAUACUGACAUACCUUUAGAAGGUUCCCACUGCUUUGUUGAAGUUUCCUAGGCACAAUUUUUUUCUUUAUUAAGAAAUUUUUUAUUCAUUUUAUAUACCAACCGCAGAUCCCCUUCUCAUCCCUCUUCCUGCUCCCCCCCAAGCCUCACCUCCCCCACUCCCCAUCCCCUCCUCUGAAAAGGUAAGGCCUCCCAUGGGGAGUCAGCAAAGUCUAGGCACAAUUUAAAGCUGUAAACACCUAUACAUAAAUAAAGUUGAUUGUAGAAAACCCCAAAUACUUCCUUUCUCUUCAUUUGGACAUUCUAUGGGGAUAUUUUAGCAUGAGAUUUUUUUUCUUAAAAGUAGAACCCAAAUCUGCUUUUCUUCCACUUUCCACAGUCAGCCUGGAGAGAAUUCUGUCAGGUAGGGAGGUGAAGAGCUCAGGACAGUGUUGGCUGCAUGCCACCAAUAAACCUGUCCCUUUGUGCUUGACUCGGAGGACCAUCUCUUCUGAGUAUUGGGCCAACUGGCCUUAUAACAUCUUAAACAUCUUUUUAAUUGUAAUAAAACAUACAUAAAAUUUCUAUUUUAGCAGUUUCUGCAUACAGUUAAGUAGUAUUGCAUAUAUUAUUGUAAAACCAAUCUCUGCAAUGCUCCCAGCUUGAAAACUGAAGCUCUAUAUCCACUGUAUUAGUCAGGGUUCUUUGGGAACAGAACUUAUAGGAUGAAUCCAUCUAUCUAUCUAUCUAUCUAUCUAUCUAUCUAUCUAUCUAUCGAUCUAUCUAUCUGUCUGUCUAUCUAUCUACCUAUCUACCUACCCACCUAUCUAUCAUCUGUCUGUCUAUCUAUCAUCUAUCUAUCUAUCAAUCUAUCUAUCUAUCUAUCUAUCUAUCUAUCUAUCUAUCUAUCUAUCUCAUGCCACACAUUUCUGGUUGUGAAGUGAGGUCCUUGGUCAGAAGCAAUACUGUGUGGAAUACCAUGAUGGUGGAUAAGGAAUUCUGUAAGUUCACGGAUGGUAGUUUGGGCAGAAACUUGCCUGCAGGAAAGGCAAAUCUAUAACCAGAAUAAGCAUCUACUCCAGUAAGGACAAAGUGUUGUUCUUUCUACAAAGGAAGUGGUCCAAUGUAGCCAAUCUGCCACCAGGUUGCUGGCUGGUCACCCUGGGGAAUGGCGCCAUAUCUGGGAUUCAGUGUUGGUCUCUGCUGUUGGCAGAUCUGGCACUCAGCAGCAGCUGUAGCCAGGUCAGCUUGGUGAGUGGAAGUCCAUGUUGUUAAACCCAUACACAACCCCCAUCUCUGCCAUCAUGGUACCUUUGUUCAUGGGUUCAUUGAGAAAUGGCAGAAAUGACUGGGGAAAGAGGCUGACUGUCCACAGAAUGGGUUAUCUUAUCUACUUGAUUACUGAACUCCUCCUCGGCUGAAGUCACCUUUUCAUGAGCUUUUACAUGGGACACACAUAUCUUCACAUCCUUUGCCCAUCUGGAGAGAGCUAUCCACGUACUUCUUCCCCAGAUGUCUUUCAUACCAAUUUUCCAAUCAUGUUCUUUCCAAGUCCCUGGCCAUCCAGCCAAUUCAUUGGCUAUGUAGCCCAUGAGUCAGUGAACAAUCACACUUCUGUCCAUUUUUUAUAAACAAAAUGUAUGCCCAUGUGUACUGCCCAAAGUUCUGCCUACUGUGAAGAUUUCCCUUUGUUGACGUCUUUCAUAGUUGUCCCAGAAAAGGGGCUGUAAUGCUGCAGCUGUCCAUAACAUGCAGAACCAUCAGCAAGCUGGGCUCUAUUCUUCUCUUCCUCAGUCAACUGAUCAUAGGGCACACCCCAUGAGGCUAUAGGUGCAUGCUUGGCAGCAGAAGGCAUUGCAAUGGGAGUAAAAAUCAUAGGCAUUUGGGAAACAUCUUCAUGUAACUUGUUUGUGCCUUCAUGACCUUCUCAUGAGGCCCAAUCAUGUAUAUACUACUUCCAUUUGAAAAUAAAUUGCUGCUGUGCACAUCCUACUUUAUGGUUUAGUGGGUCAGAUAACACCCAGCUCAUGAUGGACAGCUCAGGUCACAUGGUAACUUAGUGGCCCAUUGUCAAAUGUUCAAUUUCCACUAAGGCCCAACAGUAGCAGGCCAAGAACUGCCUCUUAAAGGAAGAACAGUUGUCUGCAGAUGAUACUCCAAAUCCCAAAGGUCUCUUCUGUAGCUCACCUAUAGGGGCCUGCAAAAGGCUCCAAACAGCCCGUCUAUCUGCCAAUGAUACCUCAGGUACCAUCAAGUCUGCUGGAUCAUAUGGUCCAAGUGGUAGAGUAUAAGUGCCCAUGCUUUCUUACUGGGCCAAUGUUACCUUAUAUGGCCGGUCAAAGAAUUAAGUCUCAGGCUCAGAUGGAGAGGCCACAGCAAGGCUAAGGCUGUGACAAUUUUUACUGAGAGUAAUCAGACUUUUUAUACCCUUAUCAGAAACAGAAUAUAGUGGCAAUUGCCAGGAUCAGUACCAUUGUGGUUGCUAGGAUACAAUGACAUUUGCAAGCUAUACAGGGCGAUUAAUGUCUAAGACCAGUUUUCCUAUCAAGCUUCCAUGGUUCCUUUAACUUCAAAAGGAACAUACAUAGAAAGUGGCCUGAAUGCUCCACUGCCUAAGAGGGUGCCUUGGUUUCUCAGGAACUGAAAGGCAUACAAUGCCCCAGGAGCCACAAAUUCUAAUCUGAAAAACCUAUGAUCUUGCAGGCUGCAAGAAUAUCAGCUGUGUAUUAAAGCUAUACCUAGAAAUUUCAAGGCAUUUUUCUAGAGGAAGCAAUCUAUCUAUUUGGUGUUAUUCAGUUUUUAAUAUUUCAGCUGUCUUCUGCUAUGAAAUUCUUGUGGGCCCAUAUACUACUAGACCAUAUUGGGAAACAGUGUAACCCUCUGAUUCUCUAGGUAACUAACUCCUAGUUACCUAGAUACAUGGCUCUGUUUCUUGUGCAAAUGAAGCUCAGACCAUCCCUUGCCUUCAGGCCUAAUGGCACUCCCAGAGCUACUGACUCAGAACAAAGGAGAUUUUUGCAUAUCCAGGUGGAGUAAAAGGUGGAACAAGAUUUCUGGCCAGAACAAAAUCAUGUGGCUGGGAGAGAAAGAACAAGAUAGUUUUUCUGUAGAUGGUAGACAGAGCUGCAUGGCCAGAGAGAAGAGAGAAAGGCAGAGAUUCUGUAGAUUGAACGGUAGAUCUCUUGUAGAGUUUAUCAGGGCUAAGAGUAAGGAGCUAGGAAGGAUAGAUGGAGGAUGAAGGAACAGAGGACAAAGAUGAGACCAAAAGCAUAAGACUUAGUUAUUACUAGGGCUAUGAGGGGACAGAAAAAGUAGGUACAGAGAGGAACUGAGACUCAGGAUGGAACUGAAACUGUAGAUAGAAUUUUGUCACAGAGGAAUAAAGUUAAUUGACAAAUAGCAUGGUGUACAUAGAUUCCUUUCCCUCAGAUAACCCCAUGCUGGAUGUAGCAUUUUCCCUAGGACUCUGGGAGGGAACUUUCUCAGGGCUGGCCUUGGGAAAAUUCCAUUACUAUGAAGCAUGCCUCUCAAGGCAGCUAGACCAAGCCAACUCCAAGGUUUCCUGCAGCAGAUUAGCUACACAGCAGCCUGGAUCCAUUGCAGAGCCUUCUCUUGUUCCAGGUACCACACAAAGCUAGUAGCCUUCCAAGUCACUUGGUAUAUGUGUAGGAGUAACACACCCAAGUGGGGAAUGUGCUGUCUCCAGAAUCCAAAUAGGCCACUAAACAUUGGUGGGAGGGGCCAGGUGCAGUAACUUACCCUUCACUUUAGGAGGAGUAUCUUUGCAUGCCCACACCACCAGAUGGAGGCCCUUGAUUUUUGGUUGAAUUAUUUCCCAUCCUCGGAUGCACAUAUGUGCUACCAAUGAGUUCAAAGUGGUUGUUAUCUCCUGCUUACUUGGUCCAAACAGCAUAAUGUCAAUAAGGUGCACCAAUGUGAUAUUUUUGUGGAAGAGACAAUCAAGAUCCCUUUGAAAUAAAUUUUGACACAGAGCUAGAAUUAAUAUAUCCUUGAGGUAAAACUGUAAAAGUAUACUGGUGGUCUUGCCAACUGAAAGCAAAUUGCUUCUGGUGGUCCUGAUGGAUAAUUGUUGAGAAAAAGGCAUUUGCCAGAUCAAUAGCUGCACACCACAUACCAGGAGAUGUGUUAAUUUGCUUGAGUAAGGACACCACAUCUGGUACAGCAGCUGUAAUUGGAGUCACUACCUGACUGAGUUAUUGACAGUCAAGUGUCAGUCUCAGUGAUCCAUCCAUUUUCUGCACUGGCCAGAUAGAGUUAAAGGGAGAUGUGAGGACCACCACGCUUGCAUCUAUCAAGUCCUUGAUGGCGGCACUAAUUUCUGCAUUUCCUCCAGGGAUGCAAUACUGUAUUUAACUCAUUCACCAUUUUUCUUGGCAGGGGCAACUCUAAAGGCUUCCAUACCAUAAUAGCAUUUCUAACCAUAACAGCCCUCAUUCCACAGGCCAGGGUACCAAUGUGAGAAUUAUGCCAACUUCUAAGUAUGUCUAUCCCAAGUAUACACUCUGGAACUGGGGAAGUAACCACAGGAUGAGUUUGUGGACCCACUGGACCUACUGUGAGUUGGACUUUAGUCAAAACACCACUAAUCAUCUGACUUCCAUAAGCCCCAGACUUUAACUGGAGGGCCAAUGUUUCUUAGGGACUCCUGGAAUCAGUGUCAAUUCAGAACCAGUAUCCGACAGACCCUAGAAAGUCUGAUUGUUUCCUUUACCCCAGUGUUCAAUUACCCUUGUAAGACCAUAGGUCCCUCUGGGGAAGGCUAACUGUAAAACUCUUAGGUAUUUUAUUAAGGUCCUUCCUUAGGGGAACCUAGCCAUCCCUUCAAUCAAGAGGUUCUGGGUCUGAAAACUGGCUCAAGUCUAGAAAUUGGUUCAUGGGUCAAGAUUCCCUUUUGCCAUGAUCCAGUGCAGCCUUUCUUUCGUUUGAGAAUUUUUCUGCUUAUACAGAUCAAACAAAAAUGCAGUAGGCCCUUUUCAUACCUGGAAACACCAUGAUUGAUUAGCCAGUACCAAAGGUCCAGACAAGUCAUGCCACCAUAAAAAUCACUUUGCAUAUACUACCUAUCAGGUUAGGCCAGUGGUUCUCCAUCUGUGGGUCGUGACCCUUUUGGGGGUUGAAUGACCCUUUCACAGGAGUCACCUAACACCAUCAGAAAACACAUUUCUGAUGGUCUUUGGAAUGGAGACACUGCUCCUCUAUCCAUCUCCAGGUGGGUCUGCCCACAUGCAGAUAUACCCACAUGCAAGUACCCGGAACUGUAUGUAUUAAAGGGCCGCAGCAUUAGGAAGGUUGAGAACCACUGGUUUAGGCCAUUAUGAGCAUCACUUUGUCUAUACUGCCCAUUAACAGUAAUUACAAUCCCCUUGCCUUUGGUGAUUCGGUACUACCACCCGGCCGAUGCUACUUUAGGGCCAAUUAAACCCAUUGCAGUUAAUUCAUUCAACUGAGCAGCAGCAUCUCCAAUUGUAAGGUCUGACACAAGGAAGGGGUGCCAUCAAAGCUCUCAAACCACUUCUCACCAUUACAGUAUCCUCGAAGGGCGUGUCUGCUGGGCCUUCCUGUAGUGGAGGAUUAGGAUUUACACAGCACACCCACUCUAGCAUUGCAGGUUCCCCGAGCCUUAGAAUCCAAGGGACAUCAGGCAUCUCCCACUCUUCAGUAGACCAUCUUCUGACAAAUGCUUCAGUCAACCAUUCAAACAAACUUUUGACACCCUUUUAAACUGUGAGAGCUUCUACAUUAAACCUAGAAUCUCUACUCAAUGGACCUAUAUCAAUAAACUCAGCCUGAUCCAGUUUUGUGUUCUUCUACCAUUCUCCCAUACCACACACUUUCAUUCCCACACAUAUUCCCAGACUUUUGCCUGAAUGAGUACGCAAACUCAUUCAAGCUCUUUAGUAUUAUAGCGCACCUCCUUAUUGACUGUUGGGAGACCCUACUGCUUAAGGUUGCAGCCCACCAUGUCCAGACAGCAAUCUUAGCUCUGCAUAAAACAGAAGACUCCCUUGCCCAAUUGGGGCUUCCUACUCUCUACCUGGCCUUAUUUGGAGGCUGUCCCUGAGCUUGGAUGCCUGACUUAUCUUAAGUGUGACCUUUGACACAGUUCCCUGCAAAUGCUCUCCCACUGCAGCCCAUAUGAUAAUUAGGUGUUGUGCUCCCAUCUGGAUGAUGGGACCGUGCUGUCAAAUGCAAAUAAAGCAUGCUAUGAACACCUAUUAGGGGAUGUCCCCAUCUCAUAUAUUCCCCUCACUCUGGAGUAAAGUGGAGCUGUUUCACUGAAGCUGACUCCUAGAAGGUCAUUUCUGUCAUACUCACAGCCAGCCAAGUCCUGCACGCUGCCUCUGCUCCCUCUUUACUCACAGACUGGUGGCCACUGGACCACGUGGAAAAGAGAGACCCCACAAUGGACUACUCCCCUCUAGGAGUCUGCUUAGCCUUAAGUCUAGUUAUAGGUCUAGAGACAACUAUUGGUGGGCCCUGAGGGAGAUCAGUAUUUUAGUUUUAUAACAAUUAUAAUUUUAAUCUAAUAUCAGAAUUAAAUAAUUUUGUGCAGACAGGCAUCAGAAGAUAUACAUCCAAAAGAAAAUAACUGUAUACAUAUUUUUGAAUAUAUUCUAUAGCCAUUGAUACUUAUUUUUGGUGGGGUUUUAUUUAUUUAUUUUUGAGAAAAUGAAGAGAAAUAUGAAACUAUGCACAAUUAAAAAAUAGUUAUUUCAGGUGGGCAGUGAUGACGCACACCUUUAAUCACAGAGGCAGGCAGAUUUCUGAGUUUGAGGCCAGCCUAGUCUACAGAGAGAGAGUUCCAGGACAGCCAGGGCUACACAGAGAAACCCUGUCUCAAAAUACAAAAACAAACAAAUAAACACACAGAAAAUGGUUUUAUGUAGUAUACUGCUUCUAACUGACAAUGACAAUUCUGGUCUAGUGGGUGGAGACACCAGGACCCAGACUGUACUGAGAACUGGCCACAUCAUAUCUCCCUGUGGAGACACCAGGACUCAGACAACACUGAGAACUGGCCAUAUCAUAUCUCCCUGCCUUGCACUAUUUUGGUCUUCUCUGCACUUGGUUUCCCGAGGCAACUCCACCCCCAGGAAAUCUGCAGCUGUGCCUUCUAGGCCUUUCUUGAAAUUCUAAAUUACUCACCUUAGGCUGUUCCAGUCAGGAAUUGGGAGAAAAGCAAACUGAUUGAGAGGAACAGCAUCAACAGACUCAAAGAAUGGACUACAGUUCUACCAGCUUCUACAGACACCUUCAGUCCCAGCGCUCACUUGGAGGCCGAACCAGGACCAUCUCUGUGAGUUCCGCACUAGCCAUGGCUAUAAUAGUGAGACUCUGUCUCAAAACAAACAAAUACAAGUUAUACCCUAAAAUGGUGCAUUUUCCCUAGUAGUCCCAAUUUCAGAAAAGUGCUGAUAAACAGGACGUUGAGGGAUCAAUCUCAAAACAAGCCCCUUCCUCAUCUCCAAAUCACAGUCCCUGUAACACUAUUCUCAAACACUUAGGACCCUAGGAACAACGGUUUGAAACCACUGAGGUAGCACAUGUUUCUAUUGGAACUAGAGAUCUACAAAGAACUUAUGCUAACAAUAGCUUCCAAUUAGAAUUGGAGAAUGGGGCCCAAAGCAUGUAUAUGACAUGUUGAGAGCAUGCUGAAGAUCUGAACUCAGAUCUUCUGGCUAGUCAAGUAGAGACACCUCUACAAUGAAAGAGAAAUUUUGAGAACUUAAAACUGUUACUACCCAAACUUAUGUUUUAGAGUUUACAUUUGGCCAUGUGUGUUGGCUUACACUUUUUAUCUGGAGGCAGAGGCACAUAGAACUCUGUGAGUUUGAGGCCAACCUAGUCUACAUAGCGAUUUCCAGAUGAGCCAGGGCUACAUAAGUAGA